AGGGAACGGGGAGGGUGACGCUUCCGCCGGCUCCUGGGAUGGAUUUCCCACCUCCCUUCCUGCAGCCAGCCGCUGCCGCUGGAAGCCUCCGAAACCGGGGUUGAGGAAGCAAUGACGGCGGCGGCAGCAACAAUUGCGGACACGGGAAUGGGGUGAGCGCUUGAGGAGGGAUCCAGACCGUCUUCCCCCUUUUGGCCCACCCGGACGAUUCCACCCCCCCCCCAAUCCACUUCGCCUGGGCGGAGGAGAGGGAGAUCGCGUCGAAGCCGCCAGGGAAGCGAGAGGUGGGCGCGCUGCGCUUCCAGCGAGCCGGCGCGCCUCCACAGACAGGCGGGGAGGAAUCCGCCGCCGCGAGGCGGAGCAGCGCAGGGGAAGCAGGGUCGGGGGAAGCGAUGGCUCACGGCUAACCACAUCCGCGUGGGAUCAGCCCCGAAACGCUGGCGCUCCUUUCGGCCGCCUUCCUGCCCUCCCCUCCAUUUUGAAGACGCAGCGCGGGGAACGGCGGCUUGGCCCGUCGGAGAUCGCCCCUGGCCGCCCCGAUGGCGUUCAGCUCGUCCUGGCAGAUCCUGUCGCCCGUGCAGUGGGCCAAGUGGACGUGGUCCGCCGUGCGAGGAGGAGGCAGCGGGGGAAGCGGCGGCCCGGGGUCCGAGCAGGAUGGCAUCGCCGCCGGCGGGGACGGGGAGGUUCAAGCGGCGCCCGGGCAGCUGGAGGACGGCGAGGAGGACGCGCAGGCGGAGACCAAGUCGCUGAGUCUCAGUUCGGAUUCGGAAGGCAAUUUUGGGACUCCUGAGGCAGAGACCCCAAUCCGCUCGCUGGGGAAGGAGCUAGAGGACCCGGCCCUGCACCUGCUGGACCCUGAGACUGAGCCCCAAGUAUCCUGUGAAGAUGACGUGACAUUGGUAACCGAAAUUUUGGAGGAGAAGGUGUGCCAGAAAGGCUCUGCUUCAGCAGAGGAUGAAUUGCGAGCAAAGCUUCAAGUCUCACAAGCCGAUGAGCAAUUUACACCAGAAACUGAUCUUUGGGUCAGCGAAGGUCCAUUCAUGACUCCAUCUGCACCAGAGCUGUCAACAGAGCGACCUACUGCCAUCACACAAGAAAGGUCUUCUCCAGAGAGAUCAGAUCUGGACCUAGCUUCAGCAAGCUCUGUGCCCACAUCGACUCAAGAAGAGCAACAGGGGACGUCCUGGGAACACGAAGAGGCCCCCGCUGAAGGGUCUUCAGAAGCCAAAGCAAACAGUGAGACACUUGCGAUUAGCAGAAGCAAACUCCCAAGAGCAAAACUGGCUGCCCUUCAGAAGAAGAUGGGAGGUGAGAACCCUGAGACUGAAACGGCCACAGAGAGCAUCCCUGUACCCAAAGCCUCCUAUUGUUUUGACCCAGAGGAGUAUAAUGAGAACAUGAACCCAUUUGUGAUAGGCGGCUCCAAGCUCCAAAACUCUCCCCCUGCGUGUCAGCAAGGCUUUGCACUUCCAAGCAAUGGCCCAAAGGAAUUUGGUUCAGGAGUGGCCGGUGAGUCCAAGGGCCGGGCCGUGAAACUUGAAUUUGAUUUUGCAGAUGGGGUGGAAAGCGCCGAGCCCAGAAAAGCCUUGCCGAGGAAAACCGGAAGGAAGCCAGUCAGCAAGUUGUCUCCUAAGAGGCAAAGGGCUGGUGCCAACCGGCCUGUUGCAGGCACCGAGGGGGUAGAGAAAAACCUCACUGCAGAUACGCCUGAGGUGCCCCUUCCCAAGGUCUCACACCAGACAGACACCAGACAGUGUGAUGGCCCUAAUUUGAACCCCCAUGCGGGGAGUGUGAACUUGCAGAGCUCCCCAAGCCUUCCAAGAGGUUCCUAUAACCUAGACGUGGCAGAUCCUUUCAAGCCCACCAAGACAUUGGCUGGUGCGGGAGCUGAUUCUUGCCCCUCUGCGGAGAACAGUCUCAAUGAGAUCCUGGAGCUGCAGUCACUGGAGAGCAUGGAUGAUGAACUGAAGAAAGGUUUGGCCUCUCCAAAGAAAGCCAAGUCGCGGUUGAUAACGACUACUGAACAAGUGAAAUUUCUCUGUUUUCUGUUGAGUGGCUGCAAGGUGAAGGAAUACAAAACACAGUCCCGGGUUUUGGAUGUUUGCUCUCAGGAUGAAGAGGAAGCAGUCCUCUCCUCCAAAAUUCCAGACCUUUCCAGCUGCGAUGGACACGCCACUGAUGAAGAGAAACUGGCUUCCACAUCCUCCACUCAGAAACCAGCUGAGUUGGAGGUGAAAGGUGAGCCAGAGGAAGACCUGGAGUACUUUGAGUGUUCCAAUGUUCCCGUGUCUGCCAUAAAUCAUACGUUUACAUCCCCACAAGAAGGCUUCGAGGAGGACCCGUCAUCGUCGUGCAGUCUGGCAGAGAAGGGCAACCCUGAGAGUAUCUCGGACAAUUCUGCACUAGGCUGUGUGGAGAAGAUCCCUGGAACUACACCAGCUGGCACAAGAGGGAGUACUGAAAGCCCCCUGGACGCCAUUUGCCUCAGUGAAUCCGAUAAGACAGCAGUUCUGACUCUGAUCCGGGAGGAGAUUAUCUCCAAAGAGAUUGAAGCAAAUGAAUGGAAGCAGAAAUAUGAAGAAAGCCGGCAAGAGGUUUUGGAAAUGAGGAAGAUUGUGGCUGAAUAUGAGAAGACCAUCGCCCAGAUGAUAGAGGAUGAGCAGAGGACAAGCAUGGCAUCCCAGAAGAGUCUCCAGCAACUGACAAUGGAGAAGGAACAGGCCCUGUCUGACCUGAAUUCAGUGGAGCGGUCCCUGUCCGACUUAUUCAGGAGAUAUGAAAACCUGAAGGGGGUCCUGGAAGGCUUUAAGAAGAACGAGGAAGCAUUGAAGAAGUGUGCUCAGGAUUAUCUCACCCGGGUCAAGCAAGAAGAGCAGCGGUACCAGGCCUUGAAAAUCCAUGCUGAAGAGAAGUUGGACAAAGCCAAUGAAGAAAUUGCUCAGGUGCGCAACAAGGCCAAAGCUGAGAGUGCAGCUCUUCAUGCUGGGCUCCGGAAAGAACAAAUGAAGGUGGACUCUCUGGAGAGGGCCCUCCAGCAAAAGAACCAGGAAAUUGAAGAGCUGACUAAGAUCUGCGAUGAGCUGAUUGCCAAGCUAGGAAAGGCUGAUUGAUCCUACUCUCUCUCAUCCAGAGCACCACACUCAGCUGCUUCCUGUUGUCUGUCUGCAUCUUCCAGUGAGCACCUUGCCUUAUUUUCCAGAAAUAAUCUUCCCCCUGCAGGAGAGAGAAAAGCACGUGCACCUAGCUUCUGUAUCAAGUGGCCAUCAUCUGCAAGAGGAGUGAAUUGGAGGCCCUGUUCAGUGUUCAUUUCCAGCGUGAUAUGAUCUGGAUCUUCUCCUUCGCUUUGUUUUGGCUGUCUACUUUUUGCAGCAACACACACACACACACACUCUUUAGAGAUGCCCUUUUAUUUGUGAAAAGACAUUGAGAAUGGUCGCUCUGCUCUGCGACUAGGCCAUCAGAAGGUGCUGUUUGGCUGCCUUGAAAACUAGUUGUCUGAUUAAAGGGACAUUUGCAGAUGACACCUGUGGUUUGGUGGCAGGAAGGGACCAGUACAAGGUGCAUUUUAUCCAAACAGGUGCUUCACUGUUGGUGAGUGUGUGAAAGGCAUGUGUGGGACAUGAACAAAGCUGCAUCUGAGGGCAUGAGAAAUGAGGCCAGUUCAAAUGCAGCUGUUUCAUGACACAGGCUGGCAUCUAGAUUGGUUUCCAAGGGUGGGUCACGUGUAGAAUUCAGAUCAAGGUUUACUGGAUUCUGAGAGAGUGGGUCUUUGUGAGUUGUGACUGGCAACAAAGAAAAGGAGAGCAUGCCCUUCUCUUAACACAGAUAAGAGUCUUAAAGACUUUAUAUGUUCUUAUGGAUUAGAAAAUUUGUGCCACAAUAGUUGUUGUUUUUUUUAAGCCUUUAAAAGUGCCACAAAAGCUCUUUUGUGUUUUCAGGCACAGAUCAACAUAGGCUAGCUACCCUGCUGGAAUUUCCCUCUUGGAUAGUGCACUUUAAUGCUACGGCAUGAGGAAAGCGUCCCCUCCCAGAAAGUGAGAGAGAGCACACAUUUUCCAGAAUGCACCUUGAAUGCAGGGCUUCUCAAGCAAGUGAGAGAAGAGUUAUUAGACAUUCAAGAAUAUGUGAGAAAACUAUCUCCCUGUUAAUGGGAUCCAGGAUGCUCCUGUCACCUCUUUGGAAAUGGGGUGAAGGGAUGGAAGUCAAAAUUAGGCAUCAGAUAGGUGCAAUUUCUCAUGCAAUUGUGCUUACUAGCAGGAACGGUUUUAGCACUGGGGCCUCCCAUGCUAUUCUAUCCCUGUGUUUGUUUGUUUUUUGGUAGCCCAAGUAUGUUGUAAUGGUUUCUGUUACUUAGCAGCCACAGCCUUAUUUCCCUAACAUGAGAGAGAUACAAUUCUCUUCCAAGUGGACAAAUACAUGUUUGCGUCAAGGUAAAGAGGCCACUUACCUGUAUCCUGAACUCAAAACCUGUCAGCUCUUCACUGAGACAGCAGUGUCGGUGGGGGUGCAGGCAGGGCUGGAGAUUCCUUGGUAAUUGCCAGGCUAUAAGUCCUCAGCCGGCAGCUUGGCUAUAAAUCUGCCAGGCUAGCAAGGAGGAAGCGAGAUAAGGGCAGAGGCCGUUCAAAGCUUACGUGCCAAGCCAGAAAUCCAGAAGAGAUGUCAGUGAAGGUCCGGGUCUAGUUUGCCGAGAGAUCAGUCCAAGUCAAGGUUCAGGGGAUAGGAAGACACACAGUGGUCACGCCUGACGUUGUAGUCAGCAACAAGCUGAAGCCAAGGUUUGACUUUUAAGGAGCAGGUUUGUCAGCAGGUGCGAGCCCUCAGCGUUUUGGCCUUAAGUGGACAGGCCUGCCCCUCUUCUGCCUGACCUUUUGUUGUCUACGUUCUGCAGGUGAGGGGGGAGUACCCUGUUCACUGUCUGCGUCUGGCUGAACGGCUUCAGCUGUGUCUGGGGUGCUGUGCAGCUGAGGGGGAGAAGGAGCUGGGUUCUCAGGAGUUUCCUCCAUUUCUCCUGGGUCUGCUGCUUCUGGGUCUGCUACUGUUACUCCCAAGUCAUCCUCGUCUGAUGAGUCCUCUGACGGGGCCAUGACAAAACCUAGGUGGAGGGAACGAUUCUGAUGGGGUUUUCUGGAAUCUGUGCUUUCAUAUUGGGGGAAUACUUCUGUGGGACAUGACAUACUGUAAGAAAUAUCCCAGAGUAAACUUAAACAACACAAGGUCUAGCACCCUUACGUGGGUCAGUGCCAUCACCAACUCAGUGGAGCAUUAGGGAGCAGCCCUGGUUUGGAAAAAUAAAUCCAGACCCACUGGAUUAUUUCCCGAUACUGGCUGAUGCCUGGUUAAAUUGUGCAGUAGAUCCAGCUUAAUUCCAGAACAGAAGGGAUUUGCUAGUCUCCGGUUCCAAGCAUGCCUUUCUCUCUCUGCAGUGAAAUCUAAACAACCCUUUGCACAAAGCAGCCUGCCUAUAAACACAGUUAUUGCUGUCUGCCAAUGUACAAUUGCUAAGAACUUUUGUGUGUAACAAAGUUCCCAAGCUAUAUUAGCCUGACUCUUACUUUGGUUCUUUUGUGCCAUCCAGCAAAGGUUCUCCAGCAUCUGGGCCAAGGUGCUCUGUGGCUGGGGUUGCUUUGUACAGUGGGUGUGACUUGUCACCAUCACACAUUUGGUAUGUAUGAUAAUUUCCCUUUUCUAUGUCAGGUAAAUAUUUGUAAGAGUUAUAACACAAAUGAGAUUAUAAUAAUGAUUACUAAUAUAUUUUUUCCAUGCCCCAUUGCCUGAAUAAAAUAAUGUGUUUCCAA